ACUGAUACGAAUGUUAUUUUUUUUUAAACUUUUAUGUACUUGUAAAAUAAACAUAAGUGCUUAAAAAUUAAAAUACGGGGCUAUGUUAUUAAUGCAGAUUGCCGACCAAUUUAAAUACUAUUGUCAUUUUAAAUAAGUUUCAUGAUUUAAAUGUUUACCUAUUGUAUGUUUAGCUAUUGUACCAAUGGCUAAUCAAAUGAUUUAUUUAUGCCGAUGAAUUAUUAAAACACAAUCCUAAAUAGUAACGAUAACGAAAUCAAACUCUAGCCUACAAUGUUUGGUAAUCAAAACUAUAACUGGCAACGCGCCAACUCAAUUCCAGAAAUAGUUUUAUUUAUAUCUACGCAUAAACGUAAAACACGUAAAACCGCAAAUUUGUCGUACAAACUUUCGAAAUUUACGUUUUAAAAUGGAGCGGCAUUACAACCACUCGAGUAUACACGGCUCCUAUAGGAGUAGGGACUCUACCUCGACCACCGAGAGUGACCCACGGGAGAAAAUCAAAGACUGUCUGAGAAAGUUCAUAGCGUUUAUGUUCACACAAGUGGGCGUCGGCGCCCUCGUCGUUUGCUACGCGAUUCUCGGCGCAGCGAGCUUUAUGCACAUAGAAAAAGACAGUCCCGAUGAACAGCUAGAAAACGUCCAUCAGUGGAGGCAAACCUGUGUCGAAGAACUCUGGAAUAUUACAACCAAAUAUAAUGUUCUAAAUCACUCCGCUUGGAUGUUAAACAGCAAUUCAGUUUUAAAAGUGUUUCAGAAUAAUAUAACAGGUGCCAUACAUUUAGGAUACAAUGGACGUGCUUCAGAAGAUAUAUGGUCGUUCCCAGCCGCUUUGAUGUACUCGUUAUCAGUAUUUACAAUGAUUGGUUAUGGUAAUGUAGUGCCUAAAACUGUGUGGGGGAAAAUUGGCACAAUAGCAUAUGCGUGUUUUGGUAUACCAAUAUAUGUGCUCUAUUUCUGCAAUAUGGGCAAAGUUUUGGCUAAAACAUUCAAAUGGCUGUACAUAACUGCUCACGAGUGCAGUCGCAGAGACGACACAUUACUUGAAGACGGUGAAAUUCAGCCUAUCAAAAGGAAAAUCACAGUUCCAUCAACAGCUUGUCUGUGGGUCAUAUCCUUCUAUAUAUUGACUGGGACCAUCAUGUUUGGAGCUUGGGAGAAAUGGAACUACUUGGACUCAACAUAUUUCUGUGUUAUCAGUUUGUGUAAAAUUGGGUUUGGGGAUUUUGUGCCUGGUGCAAACAUAGCAGACUCGGCAGAAGGUUCUCAUUUGAAAUUAGUAAUAAACUUUAUAUAUGUGUUGCUCGGAAUGGGUCUUGUGGCAAUGUGUUAUAAUUUGAUGUGUGAGGAUGUCAGAGUCAAGGUGAGGGAACUGAGACAGGACUUGAAGAACUGUUUGGAUGAUAUAACAUUAAAAAUCACAGUUUGUAUGAACGAUACAAAGUAUUACCAUCAAAAACAAACUAGAAAUAUAAAAUGAGGAUCUGAUGUUUUGUCAAUCUGAGAUCUACUUUUUACAGCAAUAUAUGGUUAUUUGUAGCCAUUUGAUUUGAACAAUCCUUUUAUAAUGAUUUUAAAAUAAGAGGAUAAUGGAAUUUUUUUUUCCUUUUUACAGCAAUAUAUGGUUAUUUGUAGCCAUUUGAUUUGAACAAUCCUUUUAUAAAGAUUUUAAAAUAAGAGGAUAAUGGAAAAAUUACUCUUUACACAAGAAAAGCAGCUUUUUUUAAUUUUUUAUAAUUGUGCUCUGCAUUUGCACAGGUGUUGUAUUCCCAUGUUAACAUUUGCACACAAAGUAGCUUAUGUAAUGUUCCAAACUAUAAUCUAUCUCUGGCCAAAUUUCAUCCAGAUAUGUUUAGUGAUUUGGUAGGGCUAGGUAAGCAAGUGAUGAGAAACAGACAAACUAUGGACCAAUGGUGGUAAAGAUGUCCCAUGUCCCAUGUCUUUCAUCUCAGUGCAAUGAAAGAGAUGGUGGUAUGUCUGAUUGGGCUGCUAGUAGUUGAUAUUUGUCUAUAUAUUACGAGAUAAUAUAUUAUGUUUAAUAGUAGUGUUGGUUGCAUGUUAGGCAUACUGGAGUAACAAAUGGUUGAACUAACCUGACUUUGUUUUAUAAAUAUAAGUUUAAUAGAUUUUACAAGGCUGUUAACUUUGUUAGUUUUAUAAAAUUUGUGUAUAUUUUGUUAUAUCUUUGUAACUCAUUAACUGGAAAUAAAAUUUAUUUAGUUCCAAGAAAUUCAGUUAUGUUUUAAUUAAAUUAUAUGUUGUAAGGCAAGCUAAUAUGUUGUUUAUUAACAAUUAACUUCAUUUAUUAGUUCUGUAUAAAAACUAUUAAAAAUAUAUUUCUGGUGAGUGAAAAAAAUAAUUAUUUAACCUUACAUUGUCAAAAAUAUUAUAUAACGUUACUGUAUAUAGUUAAAUACGAAAGUUAUUAAUUAUCAAUAAAAGUAGAUAUAACACAUAUAUCUUAUUUGUAUUAUAUUAUGGUAUGCAGUUUGUUGUGCAAGAAUCUUACUCAUUAAGAUGCAUUUAUUUUCUUUAUUCAUCUAAAUAUCUUUAUGUCUUUUAUAUCAUUUAUCUAAAAUAUUUAUGUUUUAGAACUAACAUAAUAAUAAUAAAUAAAUUUAAUUAUUAUAAUGGUAGUACAAACUAGUGUUCAAAGAUUUGAAAUAAAACACCUGGUGACUCAUAUGAGACUUUAUUCCACUCUAUUCCAAACGUAAGCAAUUCAUUGUCCAAAAUUGUAACUAAGUUCCCUUGUAUCGCUGGUAUCACUUGGUGUUACUUCACUUCGCUCCUAAGCCAGUUUAUUCCACGAAAUUCAACAAAAUAUAAUAACAAAAGGUUGUAAACAACACAAUAUGGGCGAGUGAUUAUUAACCUUAUGAUUCUAGUAAUAGGGUUCUCCGUAACAAUAUGUACAUAAGUAAAUUGAAAAUGUUAUACAGUUUAAAAUUUUUGUAUAAUAAACAGAUUUGCAUGACAUGGUAUUUUAUUUUAAUAACUCUGUUGAACAUAUUCAGCAUCCUUUCUUAAUAGUCCUGACUUGCGUGUGUUCCUCUUUGUUCUAAGCAAGUUUCAUUUAUUUCUUUAACCUAUUCUUUACCACUGUACCAAUUUGGGUACACUUUGUUAAUGAGGGUAGGUGAACAAAAUAUCACCGGCGAUGUUAGCGAGGUACCAUGCUACUUCAAAAUUCCACUCGGAUGAAGUCACGGGCGUCGGCUAUUCUAUAACAUUUGAAAACAUACAUAGGCAAAGUGUUGUUAUUG